CACGACACUCUCGAAUCUCGCAGCAACAGUACGGUGGUGCCUUGCACUCAAAAUGCGUAAACUGAUUUCAGCGCAAACGCGAAAUUCAAUUUUCCAAAGUGCAUGCAAUUGUUGAAAUUAAUAUUUUCUUGUUAAUCGAACGAAAAUCGUUGUUUCAGCUAAUUUUCAGGUUUUCGACCUUGGCGAGAGAUCUUAUUGGCAGUUAGAAACAGCCGUAUUCCGAUACCCAAAUCUGAAUAUCUUCAUUACGCGCGAAAAAGUCGUAUAUACGUCAAUCCUUACGUAAAUCAUAAUAAUACAGCAUAAAUGUUAUAUUAGGUAUUUAUACAGUAGAAAAUAAAUGACUAUAUUUUCUGUACAAACGUCCACUGCAAAUCAACGUCGGUUAGGAGCUGACCCAAGAUUCUUCACAUUAAUUAACCGCUGUUGCUGUCGUAAUUAAAUUUGAAAGAAAAAACCGUUGCCAGUAAACAGAAUGAUUACUGCAACAGCGCACCUCGCAUCAACCCAAAUCAUUCAAUUUAUAAAACUCUCGCCUAAUUCACACCUGCUCCAGGUAUAUAGCGUAAUGAUAUCAGCCGUCAACAGUAACUAUUGGCAACCGAAGCGGCGUCGUCAAGUUAGGAAUUAUUUCCUUCUAUGUACUAGUAGGAUAAAGUACUGCAACCGGUGUAAAAGCUAGUAUUGGAAAUCAGAGAAUAGAACGAAAUAAGCGUUUAUAAAAAUGUCUAACGUGACAUACACGGAACUAUGGAAAUCUACGCAAGCGGAUUUGGAAGAUAUUGCGCAGGCAGAUUCUAUCCUGCAGAAUUCAAAGCCACAAAAAGAAAGGCGAAAGGCACACGCUAACGUAGCCGAGCUUUAUGUUCGCUACAUUGUCGCCUCUAAUAAUCUGCACAAGUGUUACGACCAGGUGAUUCAACCUCAGAAGCGGAUAUUGAUCAGAAAAUUGCUCGAUUCCUGCAUCGGAAGGGUAUUGGAACUAAAACACGAACUUGUUGACAUUGAUCUAUCGGAGUGCAACUACUACGACGAUAUUUUAUUAAAAUAUGAAAUUACGCCGCAAGAAGCUGAGAUCCACAUACCUGCUUAUUUUAUCAGAGAAAGAGAAAACGAGAUUCGUGAACGUAGAAAAUUUAUAGAGGAUACAUUGAAGAGCCUUGGCUUCCUGCAUGAGGAGCCAAUACCCAAAAAAAUGACAGAAGUUGAAGCGAUUAGACUCAUACAGGCCCACGAACGCGCGAGACAAGGUCGCGUUCGCUUUCAAUUUAUGAAAGAAAUUAGGGAGAUGAAAGAAAAGUCGAUGGCAAAACAAGAUGCGGAUAACGACCAGGCCACAUUAGGAAUUUCGGCAGCGUUGAGGAUCCAAAAAGUAUGGCGAGGUUACACGACCAGACGAAAAAUUCGCAUGCGAAGAAUGGAGGAAAUGCUGCUGAUCGGCAUGGUGCAGCCGAGUCAAGUGAUAACGGAAAAUUUUCGACAGGCCGAAAAAGUCAAGCAAUACAGACAUCAGAAGCAACGCGAGUUUCAAGAGACGUACGAGAAACUUUUGGUUGAAAUGAAGGACACGAUACGCAAGGAGAGGGGAGCGCUUAUAGAGGAAAAUUUGCGAAAAGAAAUCAGGAAUUGGAUAACCAAUUAUUAUCAGCAAACCGGCAAAAUACCCGACCUUCCAUCCGCAGAAAGUGGCGGAUCUAGAAUAAUGUUCAGUCGGCAGGGUACCGAAAGUACGAUAAGCAAAUCAACGGCAAUGUCAUCCAAGGAGUCUAAGAAGUCGAAGAAAUCCAGCAAAGCGAAAAAAGAAAGCGAUCAAGAACAGUCGGAAGACGAAUCCGACCCAGGCUUCAAACCAGUCCCGUCCAACUUUUUGCCUGAGAUAAUCCAGGCGAAUUCCGACUAUCAGGAAAUAUGGAAAAAUAAGGACGAGUCCGGUAACCCCGGGCAGGAAACUUACCUGGAUAUGAUCGAGGCGGAAAAGACGCGGGAAGUCGAAGACGAGAUCAGAAUAGGUGUCGACCAGUUGAUGAGGGACGACAUAGAAGCGUUACAGGCCGCGGUGGACAGAGACAGAGGCCACAAGGGUAAACGGGCUAAAAAAUCCCAAAAGCGAGUUCGUCGCAGUGGUAAAAAAAACAAAAGGAAAAAAGAAAAAGAUUUGACACCGGAUCGCUCGACGGAAUCGCUGUUUGAAGAACUUUUGACCAACGGUAUAAUAAAAUUACACCCCGAAGUCAGGCUCGAACAAUUUAAAGCAGAAAAAUCCUACGCCAAUUACGAUCUUAGAGAACGAGGAAAAGAUCCGCUGCCAGCGCUAGGUGACGUGAAACAGCUUGUUAAGGAAUACUGCAUUCUUCCUCUGGGUAAUGAGGUCGUAAAACAAUUAACACCACUCGUUCGAUCGGUUUUGAUAGCCGGCCCCCAUGGAAGUGGAAAAAAAAUGCUCGUUCACGCAAUAUGCACCGAAUUAGGUGCUACGCUGUUCGACAUAACGCCGGGUAAUGUCGUAGGAAAAUAUCCGGGUAAAUCCGGUCUCAUUAUGCUUCUCCACUUGAUAUCGAAGGUUUCAAAACUUCUACAACCAUCGGUCAUCUUCAUGGACGGUGCGGAACGACCUUUUGUCAAAAAGGUACCGAAAACUGACCGCACCGAUCCCAAACGUCUGAAAAAAGAUCUUCCAAAAUUGGUGAAGGGAAUAACGUGCGAAGAUCGCGUUAUUCUAAUCGGAACUUCGAACAGCCCUUGGGAUUGUGAUCAAAAACUGUUGUAUCAAACGUACGACAAAGUUAUAUUCGUACCGAGAACGGAUCUCGGUACGAUGUCGUCAAUCUGGAAAGACUUGCUUUACAAGUACGCCGGGAUCAGUAGGCAGUUCGAUACUUCGGCGAUGACAAAAAUUUGCGACGGUUUCACCGUUGGAACCGUUCUUCAGUCGAUUAAGGAGGUGAUGACUACGAAACGGAUGGUCCAACUCAGAGUCCACCCCUUGACACAUGCCGAGCUAGUAAACGCCCUGAGCACCAAAGAUCCUGUUUACCGAGAAGAGGAAGACGCGUUUUUGGCUUGGUACGCAAAAACGCCAACCUGUCGUAGAAAGCAGCGUGCUAUAGAAAUGGAACUUGAAAAAUUAGAGGAGGCCAACGAGAAAAAAAAGAAGGGCAAAAAAUCGAAGUAGAAUUAGUACAAGCCAGAUUAAAUGUGUUGAAACGAUAAGAAUAUUGCCGGGAACGAAGAAUCGACAAAAUCAAAAACGCAAAUAAAAUAUAUUCUCAACUGAACUUAUCUAUUUCUAAUGUAUGUAGGUAAGUACUUACUUUUUUUCGAGUCGCCAUUUUGCCGCGUAAACUUUCUCUCCAUUGAGAAAAAAAUUGAAUUUUGCUAGUACGAUGCAAAAAAAAGAAAUCGUUCGACGUGAUUUCAAUAUUUUGCAUGUGAAACGGAAUAAAAAAAUCAGUGAUACAUUCACGAUAUCAAAUUCUAAUUGUUUUUGAGAUACUCGAUUUUUAUUCUCUUUUUAUUCCCCAAAUCCCAGCCGAAUGGCAUUACCUACUUACAAUUAAACUGCAAUAUAAUAUUACGUUGUACGAUGAUUCAAAGUGAAGCGCGAAUAACAUCUCAGACUUUGGCACGACGAAUAAUUAUUAUAAUGGUACUUGUACCAUACGAUACAAGCGAAAAAUUAUUCGCGCGCGCAAUAUAUUGUAGAUUUAGUCAAAAGUAAUGAGAAUAUGCAUGAGGUACGCUCUGGUACAUAUGUACAUACGUAUAUGUAACCUAUGUGCAGGCCUGCGGCGAGGCAAAGUAAACAAAAAUGAGAAAUUCUAUAAUAAUUCUUAUAUACGUGCGUAGACAUAUAUAUAUACAUACGGUCCGUCAUAUGCGCAGCGUAUAUAAUAGCAAACUUUUGAUAAUCAUAUUUUAGAUCUCCGUGCCUUUGAGUCGUUUCGACUUUGACGUAAAUCAAAAUCCUGCCUAAAAGCAACGGCCGACUCAUCCAAUUAUGGUUUUGUGUAUGUUAUUAUCAGUUUAUUAUUAUGGACAUGAUCGGAACGAUAGAUUUCAAAUAGGUAUUCCGAUACAGGAGUAUGUGCGUUAUAAUAUUACUGCGGCCUUCUGUGAUCCAGAAUAAUCGUUAAUUAUUUCUCUUUAUUUUCCUUUUUCUUUAUAAUCGACGAAUGAUCGUCCAGAAAUGACCGUUUGACUUGGUUCUCAUAUAUUAAAAGGUGAUGAUCGUUCUUUUCCUGCUAUGCAAAUAAUAUUUACAAAUCGAUAUUUCCAUCCAAUUGAUACAUAAAUUUAUACGCCGCAUAACCCAAUAUAAGUCAACACUCGCACGAAUUAUUCAUUUUUUUUUCCUUUGUUUAUUGGGAAAAAAAGUAAAAAAGUAAAAAAGUAAAAAAAAUUAUAUAAAAUAAAGUUCACAAAAAUUAGACGUAUCGACGGUAUAAUCGUCAAAAUCUCUCACCUUGAUCAUCACACUUUUUAUUACGUUAGAGUUGCUGAUUUCUCAAAUUCCAUAUUUUGUUGUUUGAUCUUGAAAAUAUACAUUAGAUAAUUAUUAAUAUACGAUUCCGGGUAUAUACUCCGAUAUUAUCGGCUGAUCGCAUUUUAAAAUCCAGCAUCGAAUAUUGAUAAUAAUAACAAAAACAAGGAUAAUAACCAUGAUACAAAAUUGAUUAUUCAAACGAUUUUGUAUCCCAUAAUAUAAGGACGUUACAGAAUUAAAAGACUGGUUGCAAGAUUAUGGUCUCCUAAUAAUGCUCAUGUAAUACUCAUCGACUGUUGAUAUACUGCCGCUGUUACUACUGCAGUUGAUGUCCUAUGUCACUGCUAUAUUGACGCAGGAAAUUUCUUUAACACAUAUUUUUCUCCAUUUUUUGUUGGUUUGAUUUUUUGUUUUUAAUUUUUUUUCUUCCCCUCCUCGUAUUCAAUUUGUAUACAUGUAGUAUAUUACGAUGUAUGCCGCGAUGGUUAAAUGACGCAAGCGAACAGAAUUCAGAAAUAAUCCCAACGCGCGUGUUUUCCGAUUCAUUAACAUUAUAUUAUUGUAUGAAUAUGAACAGGAUUUGGAAAAUAUACAUAUAUGCUUAUUAAUCAGCGAUCAGUGUCGAUCUUGUAAUUUUCUUAUCAACGAGUGAGACACCUAUACACAUAUAAUGUUGCAGCUUAGAAAAAGAUCGUUAUUUUAACCUGAUUGACACCGUGCACGUUAGGAUCAUGCAACGGCAUCAGCAGCGGAUCACAUAUACAGAUAUACAUAUGAGAUUGGACAUCUUUUUAUCAUUCUUCUUUUUUUUUUUCUUU